AUGACUUCAAUUGGUACUGGUUACGAUUUAUCAAAUUCUGUUUUUUCUCCAGAUGGUAGAAACUUUCAAGUAGAAUAUGCAGUUAAGGCAGUAGAAAAUGGUGCAACUUCCGUAGGUAUCCGUUGUCAAGAUGGUGUGGUAUUUGGUGUGGAGAAACUAAUUACAUCUCCAUUAUUAGUUCCAGGAAAAAACCGUAAAAUUCAGACAAUCGAUAGUCAUAUUGGAUGUGUUUAUUCAGGAUUGAUUCCGGAUGGAAGACAUUUAGUUAAUAGAGGUCGUGAUGAAGCAGCAAGUUUUAAAAAAAUUUAUCAUAGACCAAUUCCUGUUGAUGCACUUGCUGAUCGUUUAGGCCAAUAUGUACAAGCACACACCUUAUACAACAGUGUUAGGCCUUUUGGGAUCACUGCCAUAUUUGGUGGUGUUGAUGACGUUAAGGGUCCUCAAUUGUAUAUGUUGGAACCAAAUGGUAGUUAUUGGGGCUAUAGUGGUGCAGCUACUGGAAAAGGUAGACAAUCUGCACGUGCAGAAUUAGAGAAAUUGAUAGCUAAACAUACAAAGAACAUUGAUAUUAAUGAAGAUGAUACUGAUAAUAAAACUAUUCAAUUAAAAGUACGUGAUGCAGUGAAAGAAAUUGCCAGAAUCAUAUAUUUAGCGCAUGAAGAUAAUAAAGAAAAAGAAUUUGAAAUUGAAAUCAGUUGGUGUUCAAAUGAAGAGACUCAGGGGAAACAUAAAUUGGUUCCAAAGGAAUUACUUGAAGAGGCUGUGAGUUUUGCUAAAGAAACAUUAUCCCAUUUGGAAGAUAGUGAUGACAGUGAUAGUGAUGAUGAUAAUAACGAAGGAAGUGCUACACAAGAUAAUGAAGGUGAUAUUGUAUUAGAAUAA